AUGUGCUUGGAUAUGGCUGCUUCCUUAACAUGGCUCAAAGCUGGUCAUCUCUAUCCUGAAACAGAAGGCUUUGUUACAGCAAUACAGGGCAGAGCAAUAAGAACAACAAAUGACGAGAAGCAUGUCCUAAAAAUCAAUGUUGUUGACAAAUGCCGACAAUGUGGAAAUGUGGGUGAGUCAAAUGAACACAUUAUGAAGGAAGAGCCAAGCCAAGGAAUACUGUAUGCUGGAAUUGAACAGAAGGAAGAGCCAAGUGAAGGAAUACUGUAUGCUGGAAUUGAACAGAAGGAAGAGCCAAGUGAAGGAAUACUGUAUGCUGGAAUUGAACAGAAGGAAGAGCCAAGCCAAAGAAUACUAUAUGCUGGAAUUGAACAGAAGGAAGAGCCAAGCCAAAGAUUACUGUAUGCUGGAAUUGAACAGAAGGAAGAGCCAAGCCAAAGAUUACUGUAUGCUGGAAUUGAACAGAAGGAAGAGCCAAGCCAAAGAAUACUGUAUGCUGGAAUUGAACAGAAGCAAGAGCCAAGCCAAAGAAUACUGUAUGCUGGAAUUGAACAGAAGGAAGAGCCAAGCCAAAGAAUACUGUAUGCUGGAAUUGAACAGAAGGAAGAGCCAAGCCAAAGAUUACUGUAUGCUGGAAUUGAACAGAAGGAAGAGCCAAGCCAAAGAAUACUGUAUGCUGGAAUUGAACAGAAGGAAGAGCCAAGCCAAGGAAUACUGUAUGCUGGAAUUGAACAGAAGGAAGAGCCAAGUGAAGGAAUACUGUAUGCUGGAAUUGAUUCACAGAAUCAGUGA